CUGAGAUUCCAAAACACUUCUAUAGCUUAACAACUUGCAUUAAAAGUCAGUGAAUCCCCUCCAGGUUUUUGAGAUAUAUGUGCUCAGUGCUGAGAUCCCAGCAAACGCACAAGCUGGAAGCAACAGCUGGACCUUCUUUCCUGUUCAGGAUGAGCGUAGUGCUACUGCUGGUCCUCACAUCCUCAGGGCUUUCUGUCUCGUCGAUGAGCAUGUUUAGAGAGUACCACCACAUGAAGACCCCAAAGACGUGGGCUGAAGCUCAGAGAUACUGCAGAGAGGCGUAUGCUGACCUGGCCACUGUUGAAACCCAACAUGAAAACAACAACCUGCAACGUGCAAUCCAGAAAAAUGGGAGAUUUGCAUGGAUUGGGCUUCAUGAUGACGUGUUCAGGUGGAAAUGGACAAUGGGUGAUGAAGACUUCAAUUACGAUCACAAGAACUGGAAAGAUGAUGGCCCUAAAAAUCUAAACUCCAGCGAGAGCUGCGUGGUGAUGACAAAUAAAGGGGUUUGGCGUGAUGAAAUAUGCGAAAAAGAACGUCCUUCAGUCUGCUUUUAUGAACCGGGCCCUUCCAAGUACAUUUUAGUGGAAACGAUGAUGACUUGGCAAAAGGCUAAGGAGUACUGUAGAUCCAGGUACACUGAUCUCGUCAGAGUGAGGAACGCAAGAGAGAAUGAAGAAAUCAACCAAAUGCUGAGACGGAAUGCCUGGAUAGGUCUCCACAGAGAUCUCUGGUCUCCCUGGUCCGAUCAGAGCCCCACAAACUUUACAAACUGGAAUGAGGGCCAGCCAGACAACAGCGGCCCAAACAUGACCUCGUGUGCUGCAGUCAACACAAGCACGGGAAAGUGGUGGGACGUUGACUGUGAGGAAGAGCACGAGUUUAUCUGCCAAACCUUAAUUCCACCAAGGACCAGAUUCGUGCUGCGGUUCCAGUCGGAGGCUGAUCUGACUGAUCCUGACAUUCAGCAGCAGAUCCUGGAGCAGCUGCAAGCCAAGCUAGAGGAGGCUCAUGAAUUAACAGAGCUCAAACUUCGCUGGAUUCAGGCAGAUGAACAGACUUUUCACAAGAAACAGAAGAAGAAACAAGGGUCAGCAAGCAGAGCUGGUGACUGAGCGGACAUCGUCCAUUUUCCACAGAAUUAAUUGUCCCUGCGGAAAAUUGGUCCAUUCUCAACCGGGAGCGACUGCAUGUAGUUAAAAAAUACCAGUGAACAUUUUAAAUGCUUUUCUGUACAUCUACUCCAUCUAAUGCUAA